AUGUACCAUGACUUAAGGCAGCACUACUGGUGGGCUAGGAGGAAGCGCGAUAUUGUUAAGUUCAUUGCACAAUGUUUGAAUUGCCAACAGGUGAAGUACGAACAUCAGAGACCCAAGGAGUUUGCGUAUAACAAUAGUUACCACUCAAGCAAUGCCAUGGCCCCAUUUGAAGCACUUUAUGGGAGGAGAUGUAGGUCUCUUAUUGUGUGGUUUGAUACAUUUGAGGUAAGGUCACGGGAUACAGAUCUUUUGAGGGAGUCAUUAGAUAAGGUCAAGGUGAUUCAGGAAAAACUCUUGGCGGCUCAGAGUAGAAAGAAGGAGUAUGCGGAUCUGAGAUCUUAA